UUCAUUACAUUUGACCCAUCAAUCACAUCGGAUGAUAGCCUAGCCCAUGGCUUCAGAGUAUUUACAAAUCCCAACUCUCACUGCAGAGACCCGGCACUCCGUCGGCAAGGCAGGGUCCUACAGGAUGAGGCAGUAACAGCGUACACGGAUGGCUCUUGUCUGAACAACGGAGAUUCGGAUGCACGUGCUGGAAGUGGUGUUUUCUUUGGUCCAGAGGACGUAAGAAAUAUAUCUGCACGUCUCCCAGCAAAUGGGGCUGCAAAUAACACCGGAGAAAUCGUAGCGCCACUACUUCUCCUCCAGGGAGUUCCGGAUUUUGCACCAGUAGAUUUCAUCACAGACUCGAAACUGGUAGUAGACGGCCUCGACGAACGACACCGAGAAUGGGAAGAGAAAGGCUUCAUAGGCACCCCAAAUGAAAAAGAAUGGCGAGGCCUGCUCGGGAAACUGCGAUCAAGAGGAGCACCUACAUGA